AUGGCCGCACUGUUGUUAGCACAAGGUUCGACCGGUUACACGACCAACCGGGCCGUCACAUUUAACAAUACGUAUCGACAAAUAUUUAAUGAAUACAAGAAAUUACUCGACAGUAUAGAGACGGGUGACCGGAAAAACACCGCUAAUAAUACUGAACGGCUAUCGGCGCUGUAUUUGGAGGUUUACGACCGGAUCGGCAUCAUAGGAGACGACCCAAUGCCUGUUAGCGACAUGUUUGACAAAAUCAGUUUACCGUUCAAAAAAUCCGAUGAUACAUUGUCUAUUUAUGUGGGCGCCAGUGGUAUAGCAAUCUACCCAAAUAAUUACAUCGGUAAGGAAAUCUAUUUUGACGAUGAACCGAUCGAAAGUCUAACCCAUCAAACCAGGGUUUAUUGUAUCAGCAAGUGCUACACAUUUUAUAGCGCACUUAACCCACGAUGGCGUGACCGACGACUGGACAUGGAUUACAUGUCAAUUUAUAUCGAGCAUAAUAACAGCUGGUUUCCGGCCAACAUGUAUGAAACAUACGACAGUAACCUUCAGGUGGCCAUACAUUCACCCAAUGUAUUACCCGAUCUGAUAAGGGGUGAACAUUUUGCGCUUUUGGAGCCGCGUCACCAUCAUUUGAUUACUUAUUCCGAGAUCAAUACCCAUCUGUUGCCGCCUGAUUACGACACCAAUUGUCGCGACUAUUAUCGUCACGAUCUCACAAGCGAUGCGCCCAUUCGUAGCGAUUGUAUCAGUCGUUGUCUGAUCAGCGCUAUGCAGAAUGACUGUGAAAUUAAUUGCGUGCCUCAAACUGACGCACUAUUGCGACGCGAGUUAUUCGAUGGCACCGGUGCUUAUUACGAGACAGCCGGCCGUCACUAUUGUCCGAGAUUGUUCAAUAAUUAUACAAUUGACAAUUGUUUGGCCACCAAUAUGCUAAUGAAUAAAUGGAUUUGCAAUGACGAGUGUCGGCCAGAUUGUCAGUUUCGGUAUUUUGAUUGGGAUUUAAAAAUAGAAAAACCCACAAGAUGGACGUCCGAUACCACUAUCACAAUUAAACACAACAUAAUGCCCGACCAAUUGGUCCGACACUAUCCGGAGACCACGUUCACGGGCUUUGUGUCCAACUUUGGCGGACUUUUGGGCAUGUGGUUAGGGAUGUCGGCGUUGGGCACGUUUGAUAUGGUUUAUUGCCAACACCCGGCCUACGAGACCCUAUCAGUCACAACACCGGCACCGCAUGUCCUACACGUGCAGCUGAACCGGCCGUCCAAACGCAACGCCGUCUCCCGUAUAAUGUUUGCCGAAAUUGGCGACUGUUUCGCCCGCAUAGACACAGACAAGCGGUGCCGAGCGGUGGUGCUGUCGGGCGCCGGCCAGUGCUUCUCAGCCGGUCUCGACUUUUACGACAUGUCGGCCAUCGUGUCGGCGGGCAGUGUUGACGGCCCGAUCGCCGCCGACGCUACCGCCACCGGCGAUACCAUCCCUACAGACGUGGCCCGGAGGGGUGCUAUCAUACGACGGGUGGCCCUACUAUGGGGCGGAUCGCUCAACAAGAUCGCCGAGUGCUCUAAGCCGGUGGUGGCGGCCAUACACGGCCCGUGUAUAGGGGCUGGACUUGAGGUGGCGCUGGUGGCCGAUGUGCGCCACUGUUCGGCCGACGCCUACUUCUCCAUACGUGAGGUCCGCAUAGGUAUGGCCGCCGACAUGGGUUCCCUUCAACGGGUGCCUAAGUUAAUGGGCAACCGAUCGCUGGCCCGGGAGUUGGCGUUCACCGGUAGGGAUAUGCCGGCGGCUGAAGCUCUGGCACAGGGUUUAGUGAGUGCUGUGACUGAGGGCACGGGUGCCGAACAGGUGCUGGAGUCGGCUCUGGCUGUGGCCAAACAGAUAGCGGCCAACAGUCCGGUCGCAGUUCAGGGCACGAAAGCGGCGAUGAAUUAUAGCGACGAACACUCGAUUGGGGACGGCUUGGAGUGGAUGGCCGUCUGGAAUCAGGCUAUGAUCCAGAGUGAAGAUCUGGUCACUGCGGCCACGGCUACGGCCACCCGGGCUAAGGAACCGCCACAGUUUAGUGACUUUUAG